CGUCGGCCAGUGCGGUUGUCAGUGUGCUGCGAUAUCUUCGUCUGUGCGGUUUUUCGGUAAUCUCACAUAUUCUCUGCAGAGACUGCGAAAAUAGUGAUUUAAAGCACACAGGUGCGUCAGAGAAGAUCUAGGAGGCAAAAAAUUUUUUUAAGAAGAUUAAUCAUAGCAGUGUACGUACAGUAAAACAAGUAUAUCGUACCGGUGGAAGAAGAAAAACAAAAUUUUCGCUGUGCUUAGGCGGAUACAGUGCGUGCGGUAGGGCAAGUGUGAUGGAAUAUAGCGUAUAAAACAAACAAGAAGAAGUUAAGUGUCAAGUGUUUUGAUAAGUGUAGCGUUUUUAAGUUGGACGACGAGGAAUACAGUGUCCCUCUGCGUGUACUUAUCAUUUUAUCACACUUUUAAGGUAGAACGCGUUUAUACUGCGCAGACAAGAUUGAGCGAAUAAAUUUCGACAGUCAAACAAAACCGGCUGACAAGUCCCGACCGGUCAAGCUGGCGGAAAUGUCGACCGAACGGGAAUUGACCCCUGGUGGUCCGCCGCAAAUGUUGCCACUGUCCUAUUCGGACCUGGCCAAUCACAUCCAGAUGAAUGGAGUCAACAUUAUCAGCAAAAAUUUCAGUGAAACACCAUGGAAUACUUCGCCGCCAAGGCCUCCAAGUCCGACUCAGUCGCAGACCAGCUUCGAUACACUCUCACCUCCUCCAGCUGGGGCCACAGUGAACCCCACUACAGUGUCAACCACAGCCGGUGCGCAGAAUGUGGCUACCAGCGCUCUCGGGGUGGUCCCGGCAACGCCGCCAGCUCCACCAGACCUGCCCGUGUUCACCUGUCCGAGGCGACCGAAUCUGGGCCGCGAGGGUCGACCGAUCGUGCUCCGUGCCAAUCACUUUCAAAUUACGAUGCCCCGUGGGUUCGUUCAUCAUUACGAUAUCAACAUCCAGCCGGACAAGUGCCCUCGGAAGGUGAAUCGGGAGAUCAUCGAGACGAUGGUUCACGCUUACAGCAAGAUGUUCGGCGCUCUGAAGCCCGUCUUCGACGGUCGCAAUAAUCUCUAUACCCGAGAUCCGCUGCCAAUCGGGAAUGAUCGCGUGGAGCUGGAAGUGACCCUACCCGGUGAGGGCAAAGAUCGCGUUUUCCGCGUCACCAUCAAGUGGGUGGCUCAGGUUUCACUGUUCAAUUUGGAGGAAGCUCUCGAGGGUCGCACACGGCAGAUUCCGUACGAUGCCAUUCUGGCGCUCGAUGUGGUGAUGCGCCAUUUGCCGAGUAUGACCUACACACCAGUUGGUAGAAGUUUCUUCAGUUCACCGGAUGGCUAUUAUCAUCCCUUGGGAGGCGGUCGUGAAGUGUGGUUUGGUUUUCAUCAGAGCGUGCGUCCUUCACAGUGGAAAAUGAUGCUGAACAUCGAUGUGUCGGCCACUGCUUUCUACAAGGCACAACCGGUAAUCGAGUUCAUGUGCGAAGUGCUGGACAUUAGGGAUAUCAAUGAGCAGCGCAAACCGUUGACCGACUCUCAACGCGUGAAAUUCACCAAGGAAAUCAAGGGUCUCAAGAUCGAGAUCACCCAUUGCGGUACAAUGCGCCGUAAGUACCGCGUCUGCAAUGUAACCCGUCGGCCCGCACAAAUGCAAUCUUUCCCGCUACAGCUGGAGAAUGGCCAGACAGUCGAGUGCACCGUGGCGAAGUACUUCCUAGAUAAGUACAAGAUGAAGCUUCGCUAUCCGCAUCUACCGUGCCUUCAGGUCGGCCAGGAGCACAAGCAUACUUACCUGCCGUUGGAGGUAUGUAACAUCGUAGCCGGUCAGCGCUGCAUCAAAAAGCUGACUGAUAUGCAGACAUCAACUAUGAUUAAGGCGACGGCCAGAUCGGCUCCAGAUCGUGAACGCGAAAUCAACAAUCUCGUACGUCGGGCCGACUUCAAUAACGAUGCUUACGUGCAGGAGUUCGGUCUAGCCAUUUCUAACAGCAUGAUGGAAGUUCGCGGUCGUGUGCUGCCUCCACCGAAGCUGCAAUACGGAGGUCGUGUUUCCAGUAUGAGCGGACAAUUACCAUCUGGUCCACAGAAUAAGGUGAGCUUAGCAUUACCAAACCAAGGGGUUUGGGACAUGCGAGGCAAACAAUUUUUCACCGGCGUCGAGAUUCGCGUCUGGGCCAUAGCGUGCUUUGCGCCCCAACGAACCGUCCGCGAGGAUGCCCUGAGGAACUUCACCCAGCAGCUGCAGAAGAUCUCCAACGACGCGGGUAUGCCCAUCAUCGGCCAGCCAUGCUUUUGCAAGUACGCAACCGGACCGGACCAGGUGGAGCCGAUGUUUAGAUAUCUGAAGAACAGUUUCAAUCAACUCCAGCUGGUGGUCGUUGUGUUGCCCGGAAAGACACCAGUUUAUGCGGAGGUCAAACGCGUGGGUGAUACCGUUCUUGGAAUGGCUACUCAAUGUGUCCAGGCCAAGAACGUUAAUAAAACGUCACCACAAACUCUGUCUAAUCUCUGUUUGAAGAUCAACGUCAAGCUGGGCGGAAUCAAUUCGAUCCUUGUGCCAUCAAUUAGACCAAAGGUAUUUGACGAACCGGUCAUUUUCCUGGGUGCCGACGUGACUCAUCCACCAGCUGGCGAUAAUAAGAAGCCUUCGAUUGCCGCUGUGGUUGGUUCAAUGGAUGCGCAUCCAUCGCGUUACGCUGCAACAGUGCGUGUGCAGCAGCACCGCCAGGAAAUCAUCCAGGAGUUGAGCAGUAUGGUUCGGGAGCUGUUGAUUAUGUUCUACAAAUCGACCGGUGGUUUCAAGCCACAUCGCAUCAUUCUCUACCGGGAUGGCGUGUCGGAGGGCCAGUUUCCGCACGUUUUGCAGCAUGAAUUGACGGCGAUCCGCGAGGCAUGCAUCAAGCUGGAGUCGGAAUAUAAACCGGGUAUAACGUUCAUCGUGGUGCAGAAGCGCCAUCACACGCGGCUGUUCUGUGCGGACAAGAAAGAACAGAGCGGCAAGUCGGGCAACAUCCCUGCCGGCACGACGGUGGACGUAGGAAUCACGCAUCCGACCGAGUUCGAUUUCUACCUGUGCAGUCACCAGGGUAUACAGGGCACCAGUAGACCCUCGCACUAUCACGUCCUGUGGGACGACAAUCACUUCGAAUCGGACGAACUGCAGUGCCUCACGUAUCAGCUCUGUCACACGUACGUCCGGUGUACGCGUUCGGUUUCGAUUCCAGCGCCUGCCUAUUACGCCCAUUUGGUUGCUUUCAGAGCAAGAUACCACCUGGUCGAGAAAGAGCACGACUCCGGCGAAGGAUCACACCAGAGCGGCUGUUCCGAGGAUAGAACACCGGGCGCGAUGGCUCGUGCAAUUACCGUGCAUGCCGAUACCAAAAAAGUGAUGUACUUUGCUUAAAGUAUUUUUUUUACUUUCUAUUCAGUUUUCGCGUUAUUAACUUAUGUAGAACCAUUUGCUUUCUAAUGACCUUUCGACUUUUGUGUACGAUGUUCAUCAAUUGUAUCAUGAGUUGUUAGCAUAUUGACGAGAAAGCACUAUUACGUUGUAGAGUUCAAUCGUUUAACGGUAAGGACGUAGAGUUGCAUAGUCAGCAUUAGCAGUUUCAAUUAUUUAACAAUUUUCAAUGCACCAUAUUAUUUUAAUAAUUUUCUCAUAUUAAGCUUUACAAGUGAGUGGAAUGAUGAAACCACAAACAAAGACGAAUUAUAAUUAUUAUUAUUAUAUUGCAAACGAGCAGUUGACAGCAAAUUUGAGCAAUAGCAAUGCAACCUUCUUGACUAUAUAGGUUCGUUCAAUUUAAAUUUUCUAUUUUGUUAAUUGUUAAAUAUCUGUCGCCCUAUGCCACAUACGGGCAACUCGCCGUACGCAAAUUAUAGGUUAUAUUUACUUACAUGUCUAGGUAGACUACAAUAAGAAGACACCACAACAGACGCAAAUACAAAUAAGGUUUCUUUCGUAGCAUAAGUUCACAUUUUGCUCAAAGACGCGCAUCUUAUAGGUUUCGAAUUGCUUUAAUCCAAAAAAAAAAAGUUAGAGAAUGCAAACCAAUUUCAAAGCUUCCAAUUUAGUUUUAAACUAUUAGCGUACGAAACACAACUGUAUGGUUGUCCGCACCCAGCUUUAUAUUAUAUUUAGCAGCCAGAAUUAGCUUUUAAGUCAAGAGGCUUUCCAACAUAAAGUGAAAAGAAAAAGUUAACACUUAUCAUCAUUACUUAGCGUUUUAGCGAUCACGAUUAUACGGUAGUACCUAUGUUGUAUUUUUUCCGUUUUUAACUAAAUUGUGCAAAGAAGAAACUCUACCGAAAACACAAGGAACGAAACUAUCUAAUAAAUUGUAAUACUAGCAGCUUUAAAACCAAAUCUCUUAAGAAAAAAAAAUGGUAUCUAAUGAAGGAAACACUGUUUAGGGAACAAUCUCAACUCCAUACGCAAUAGAAUAAAUUUUAGACAUUCCUCAAGUCGGACAAUCGCCAUCACGGUCGAACAAAAUAACCUCAACCUACGGUGGGAAAGAAUAUCGCAAUUCUGUCGCGUUCGUUUAUGUUAAUGUUAUCGUUUUUAUUUUUCUUGUAAUAUCAAAACGCCGAAGCAAGCAAAGUACUCAACAAGCAGUUUAACUUAUCGAUGGUGAAACAAUUGCGAAAAGGAAAUAACAAGUAAUCAAACAAGGGAAUAAUUUUAUAAGUAGUUAAAAUCUAUUACUUUUCCUAACGUUGUUGUGUGCAAACAGCCAGCGAAUCAACAGUGGAACUCAAAUCUAUUAUUAUUAUUAUUGAUUUUUCUUUUCUGCUGGCAAGAGGAGAAAAGCCAAACCCAAGUGAGAGUCCGUGGGCGAACUUAAACUCCUUAUAACAAGAAGAUCAUUCAGCAGCAAGCAAAGCAGCCAGGUUAAGCCACUAAACUUGAAAUAUGGGACUAUUAAUAAUUAUUCGAUAGUGUGUAGAUCUAUAGUAGCGUAGCGAUUGUUAGCUGUACGCUUUAAAUAACUAGCUAGUAAGUCACUCCACAAAGCAAGGAAGAAUUCUAAUAGUUAUAGGAUAGCAUACAACCACAACCAAGCAAAACAAAUCUUCUUUCAGCAGCCAAUCUCUCGAUGUGUUAUAAUAGAAUCCGAAGCAACUGAGCGCAAUAGCGUCGAUACAUAAUAACAAAAAAACAUACACACACAUUUACACCUAAACCACGAUUACAGAAGCAUAAUAUUAGCAGAAUUCGAAUGGUAACCAUUUGAGCAAAAAAAAAGAAGGAACGAUUGUAGGCAAUUCAUGUUAGGUACAUAAGAUUUUUAACAGAACAAACUUCGAACUAUUUUAACCCGUGUGCCGAGAUUGUGAGUGAUCGUGAGUGAUCGAUGUGAAAGAAUAAUAUGAACAGCACCCAACAUCCUGAUAGUAAUAACAUAACUAUACACACCGACACCACCACCACCCGUCCCCGGGUGAUACCGGGGGGCACUAAGCUUAUGUGGGCAGGAUUCGAAGUAUGUAGCAAGAUUGCAAAGGAUGCAAAGAAAAGACACGUGAGCAGCAUAAUACAUACAAACAUGAUGUGCGUGUGUGAAUAGAUAGGAGCGUUCUUGUUUUUUGCUAUUUUCGGUGAUUAAGCUACCGAGCGUAAAGAAGGGCCAACAGAUGAAGAACAGCUAUUUUCGGAGGAUGGCAAAACUAACGUUGACUGAUGCGAUCUGCUUAUGUUUUAGAUGAUCUCAUACGGAUUUUGAUCGGUUAAAAUGGAUGGAAGUCACAGCAUUACUUUACGUUACUUAGUUUGAACCCGCACCUAAUUAUUGUAAAAACUGUUGUCGAACAAAGAGCUUGAAAUAGAAUUUUGCAGUACUGAUUGGGGGCCCUCUAUAGUAGUGAGCGUUGUCAACAGAACUGCAACAAACUGGACCAAUAUUCUUUAUUCCAAACAUUUGAAAGAGGAUGAUAUUCUGCAUUCCGUCAGUAUAAUCAAGUGGCCAUACAGUUUGAUCGAAACGAUUGCGAUCGCCUCGAUACUACAUUCUUGAUCAAACCCAUUCUGGCCAGAAUCCCUGUUCUGAAUUCUAAUCAGUUUGUGUUAAAGCAUACAGUUUGAUUAGAAUUCCGAAUAGAAGUAUAAUAUAAGAAUAGAAUAGUAGAAUCGAAGAGAAUAUUCACGAGCUCUCAGAAUAUAAAAGUAGUAAUUCUUCAGUUAUGAAGGGAUCAUUUACCUUGUAUUGCAGUGGUUGGCAAUUUCUCAAUUAAUUCGAAAUAUUUAUAUCCGGCUUUGUGGUGUAAAUGGACGAACACACUCAACCGGAGUUUGAAAGUUGUGAAUUUGGGCGACACUUUCACUAAGUCAAUAUUUUUAGCCUAACAUCAAAAACUAGUUGUAGCCCGCGUGCAUCGCCUCGCGUCUAAUUGUGAAUAAAUCGAGGUACCCAACCUGAUUUUCUGUAAUUUAGACAAAAAACACUUGUUUGAUAAUCUAGAUUCACUGUAACGGAGAUAACCGGAAUAUAUGACCUAGACGUCUAAAUGUACCUCUAACGUUAUGUAACAUUAUGAGAUACAACUACGUUAAUAAUGCUUGCCUUGAAUGCAAUCUGGCAUAAUUUGUUUGAGUCUUCGCUUACAUUUAUAUCCUAACUUGCUGCUGUCAACGGUGGUGUUGAGGUUUUAGCCAGGGUACAGACAUCUGUACAUCGUUGUAUGAUGAAUAUUGAUAUAUUUUUACACCAAUUUCUGACCCCUUUUUUCGGGCCCUCAGAAAUCCCUGACCCGACUAAGAGAGUGAAGUGCUCGCACCAACUGUAGUUUAAGUGCACAUAUCAGUGCUUAGAAAUCUCAUAUUCAAUUUAUGCCAUUCGCCUGAAUUAAUGCCAUAUACUGCUCCUUUGCUGUUUCUAGUACAGAUGAAAUAAACUCAGCAUUGCCAACCUGAAACUAACGAUUCGAGCGAAUCACUUGCGUUUAUGUUCGUGUUUUCUACAUUCAUUCGUUCUCGACAAUAGCGAAUGAAAUCAAAUGUGAAUCUUUCAUUCAUUUUGUGCUGCCGACAAUGACAAACGAAAUUACAAUAAUCGUAAACAUUGCUCCGAAGUUUCAAUUAAUUUCCUUCAGCCAAGCUUUGGUUGAUUUUAAAAAGCAAGCAGUUUAAAAAUUAAACUUUGAGAUUUCAAUUAUCAGUCAAGAGCAAGAAAAUUGACUGACAGGUUAGUCGAGCAAUCAUUCAGCACUGCGAUUCAUGAAUGAAUUGUUUUGAAGGGUAGAAAAUUGAGAAAGACAAACACUGUCAGCAGUUCAGUCCAUGGGCGGACAGAUAAAAGAAUACUACCAGGGUUCAUCCCUGGCACUGAAUGCGUUUUAUAUUCGUCUUCAUGCAGGGCUAUCAAUUUUUUCGAGCACUGGCACAUAUAUUGUUUUCAGAGUUGUGUGAAACAUUUAGAAAGUGAGCUGUGAUUCUUGCUACGAAAACAUAACUUUCUGUCAGGGGCCUGGUUUUCGUUACAGAUGGAAUAAGGCGCUUAUUGUAUUAGAUUUUUCAGUUCAUUCGAUCGUCACAUCACAUUCACACGUUUACUCUUCGUUUACUCUUCUUCCCUGUGCAUAGAACAAAACCGUAUUGAUAAACCAUAAAACCAUGAGACAAACUUUCCUUAAGACCUACGUUUAUUCGCCGACUUCGCUGACCUCAGCUAUGGCCGAUGAAAAGACAGAUUUCGGUAUAUUCUUCAGCCUUUUUUGCAAUCAGCUGCUUGGUCACGAAAUUAUUGGAGUAGAUCGUGGAGUAGAUCUUCCGCUUGAGGUUCCCCCAAAAUUUUUCUAUCGGUCGCAACCGUGGUUAGUUGGUAGAGCUGGCGGCCCCUAGUAAAAAGCAAAACUGUGGGUUUAAACGUCUUUCUAAGACUUGACCCUUUUUUAUCGACAGACUUCGCGGCCGGCUAUUAGAGUACAGGACAGUUACGGGGCUAGUGCAAAAAUCCUACUGACUCUAUCUAGCAGCGUCGCCUAGCCGAAACUCGAACAUACGACGACUGGCUUGAUAGACCAGCAUAUGUACCUCGAAGCUAACUGGGCGGGCGGGCGGUCCCUAGUGCAAUGUUUUUUUUUCAGCCGGUCCUUCUCCCAAUGAUCUCUUGGCAUAAUGAGCCCAGGUCAGGUUAGGUCAAAAGAUAAUAUCCUCCUACGCCUGAUACUUCUUGAUGAAGGCGGCAGUUAUCGGAAUGCACUUCGUGCUGUGUAACUCCCUGUUCACCGAAAGCCCCGAAGGAAGGAACAGCUGCUAGGACAUAUCCUUCCCGGUGAUCGUCAGCUUCAAAAGAACCUUAAAGAUAUAUUUGACUUUGACAGCUUGAAGUAGAUCUCUUUAUCCAUCAUGAUCACGACGCUGCGCUUCGCCGGAAAGAUGUAUUCUACCAGCACGUUCAGUCGCUCCUUCUGAGUGAUUACCUGCUGCUCAGACCCGGUCGGCCAUGACUAAUGCUUCUGCAUAACAAUCUCCAUGUUGGUAUUUCUUCACCGUUCGACCGGUUGCUCCGACCCUCCGGUUCAAGGCGCCAAACGAUAAGGCUACCUUGCUCUCGGUCUUCCUCUUCAGCUUCAGGUCUGAACCAGUCUUCCGUUCGGCGCUCUCGUCUUUCUCCAGAAGGGGUACGCCGUGUUCCUAUGUUCUCCGGAAUUCCUCCUACCCCGGAGAAUCUUCAUUCUCAAAAGGUGAAUGUUUAGUGUAGAUUGUGUUCUAGAGAAGUCAUUGGACUAUGUUCCUUUAAAAACGGCUCCUAUACGGCUCGCGAAAAAAUCGCAUUCUAAGAUCACAGUUCAGCGAUAGUGCUGACAGUCGAGACGAUUGUCUUCCAAGGCCUUAAUUGUUGCUGGUUUAACCGUAUAGACGAGGGGCCCUAUUCUCACAGUCACCUUCACCUCACCUUACAGGCCCCUUUUGAUUUAUACAGUCACCCAGGUGACUCUCAGAAUCGCAAAUUGUCACCUCAUCUAAAAAAUUUACUUGAGGUGACUGUGAGAAUAGGGUCCGAGAUAUUUUGGAUAACUCCACAAAUUGAUAGUCUAGAGGCGUCAAAUCAUGCGAUGUAGACGACCAACUUAUAGGUAAAAAAAGAAAUUAACUGCUCACUAAUCGGCCUUUCAAUUAGUCUAUUGCUUUGCCUGCUACGUGGCCAAUAACGCCGUCUUGUUGAAACAAUGUAUGAGCCAGGUCUAAAGCUUGAAUUUAGAACAAAAGAAGUCCGUAAUCAUUGACCAAUAGCGGUAUCAAUUUACCCUGAUUCUUGAUCAAUAACUAAUUCAUUUCUUCGAAUAGUUGGUUACAAACGAAGCACUAUUCUCGUAUUCGAAUGAACAAAAGGAAGGGACUUUCGAACGUUUGAAUUGAGUCGUACGAAAACAAGAAUAUAAAUAGGCUAUCUAUCUGUAUAUCCAGCAUGAAACAAAAAGCACAAAUUGAUACCAUCUAGAGUGAUCUAAAAGCAGUGUGUGAUCAUAUUGUCCAUAAAUACUGUUGCGCAGAAAAUUUCGUGACUCGGCGCAUCGUGGAAUUUUAGGGAAUAGCUUACUUCUUAUGUAGCAUUGUAGCAGUUCUACGUGUGAGUUGGCACUUGUUUCUCUUGCCGGCUUACCAACUUCUCGGAUGUUCCUCAAGGCGGGAACAUGGGACCUCACCUGUUUGUGUUCGCUCGUUCGUUCGUUCUAUAGAUGAUUGUAUAUGGUUUCAGAGGCUCUUGGUUAUGUUUGUUAAUUGGUGAGCAAAAUUAUCAGCAUGCUAAAAUGUCAAGUAGACUGGUCCACCGCAUUGCUAGUCCGAUCGUUUUCAACUACCAAAUAAAUGCACAUGUAAUCUCGAGGGUCAACCAAGUCAAUGGUCCCGGGGCACUUCUUGAUGCCAAACUGACUUUCGCACCAACACCGCACCACGGCAAUAUCGAAAGCUUCUCGACAGUUUGGCUUCAUCGCUAAGAUUGCUGGUGAUUUCAGUGAUCCUCGUUUGUUUGUAGACCCUAUUAUAUUGCUCUCUAGUGCGUUCACUGAUCGAAAAUGCUUGCAUAGUUUGAUGCCCUAAUCAACUGGUAUGGAAUAUGCCUAUUGAGUGGUUCCAUUGUAUAGACAUUUGAAUAUAUGUAAUAAUCAUAAAAUGGAAGCAGUUGUUAGCCUUAUUAUGGUAUUGGGUAAUUGGUUAAUCAAAAAUGUUGUUUUUUCGAGCUUAUUUCAAAGCUAGUUAUGCAAAUGAGUUGGUUUUUGACGGUAAAUGGACCCGACUUCAGCGGUAGCCCUCUUUAAAUGGCUUGGCACUACUUUUGGCAUAAGUGGAUCGCAUCAGCUUACAGAUUAUUAUUUCAAGUUACAACACUUUCCAAACACGCUGUACUUCGUUUUUCUUCAUCGGUGUUGCAAACAACAACAAUUCCAUAUCGUGUAAUAUCUAAGUAAGGUUUCAAUGUGCCAACUGGCAGCCAAAUCAUUUACUCGGAAAGUUCGCACCACUAGAAGAGCACCGUUUCCUUAUUCUAUGAUAGUAUAACAUUAUUACUGGCGUGGGUCCGGAUUGUAGUUUGAUAGACGUGAUAACUUAACAUACAGAAGCCCGAGCACUAUCAACUACUAAAUGACCCAAUUAAUUUAUCAUAAGUUGACACUCCUUGCAGCAGGAAAGCAUCAGAUAGAAAGCUAUUUAUUUCCCUUUAUUCGAGAUUUCGAUCAGAACUAGGUUUGGUCACGAAACUCGACCAGAGAAAAAAUAUCCCAAACGAAAGCUAAGAAUAUUCGUCGCAAACUAAAAACGCUAUUUAAUAGAGUUUCACCUUUAGGAACUGUAUUUCUGAUCGGAAUACAGAAUGGACGUACUUUACUGAUGAUGGCCAGGAUUAUAUUCUUAGUACGUAAGUUCGUAUGUCUAUAAAAAAAAAUGAACAUUAUAUAACGUAAACAAGACACGAAACAAAAACCGGGAAAUUUCUAUUCAAUGUUAGAUUGUACUUUUUUGUAGGUUAUGAUGAAACAAGCAUCAUCCAACAAUUGUCCUUAACAAGUAACCCAGCAGCAAGGCAAAGUAUAAUUUAUCUAGACUUAAGAGAAGAAGAAACGAAUCAAAGAUAUCAUACCGGCGCGACGACGUGGAUGGAGCUUGAGAAUCGUAUCAAGAUGAGUCUAACUACUAGGUUGAAAAUUGACAUACGAUAGCUACAAUACACACUACUACACACUAGACGUAAUCAUCAACAAACAAGGGAUUUUUUGCUUCUAAACCUAGAAUGUAAGUGUUGAAUGGCUAGUGGAAUGGACGGCAUAAUUACGCAAAACCGGAUUGGCUGGCAGCAAAACGGCUGGAGUCCGCUAAACAGAUAGUGAUUGAGAAACCAUAUACAUUGCAACUGAAAACUCAAAUGAAAUACAAUAACUUAUACUUGAAAUUAUUUUAUCGGAAAUAUUUAGUUAAACUAAUUUGUAAGUGCUAGAGAAAUUCAGAAACAAAAAUAAAUUGAGCAAAGCAAGAAUGGAACCAAUUGAAUCACAAACACCAUUGAAGCCAAUUGAACGUACGCAUAAUUGAUUUUCAUUAAAGCAUUAAUUGUAGACUAAUAAAUCCAUUUAUAACCCAACAUGUUAAUAUGCGCCACCGAUCACACACACACAAAUGAAACAACAUAGCAGGUUUCCUUUUUAAAAUUAUACCAUCAUUUAACGAAACAGUAAAUUCGACUAUUUGUCACGUACCCAUGCAUAGCUAGAGUCUAAAGUCAUCAAAAAAUUUCCAAACUGCUAAUCUGUUAGUUCGAUUUCAUUUCGACAUUAAUUUAAAAUUAAGCGGAUAUAAUGAUGAGAGCAAAAGCAAACAAAGAACAACAUGGAUUUUAUGGAAUCAGAA